AUGCCCGCACCAGAAAGCCUAAGGUUCAUCUUCUCAACUCUAACAUGGACACUACGAGCAGGAUGCCUAGCUCACAUAGUACACGAAAACGUUUACGAAUUCACCGAAACGCGAGGCGAGUCGAUGCUCCCCACCGUGCAGAACCAGCACGACUACGUCCACGCCCUCAAGAAAUACAAGCUUGGCAGAGGUCUAGAGAUGGGCGACUGCAUCGUGGCCAUGAAACCGAGUGAUCCUACGCAUCGCAUCUGCAAGCGAAUCACGGGCAUGCCCGGCGACGUUGUGCUCGUGGACCCUUCCUCAUCUUCUGAACUCACCAAUUCUGCUUCGGAAGCGACUCAAAAUGAUGGUUUCAACAAGUUCAUUGAGAUCCCCGAGGGGCACGUGUGGUGCACUGGAGACAAUCUAUGUCAUUCGUUGGACUCUAGGUCGUAUGGUAUACUACCGAUGGGGCUAAUCACGGGCAAGAUUGUUGCCGCUAAUUCGAUGAAUGAUGGUAUUCGUGGGUUUUUCAAGUUGAGAUGGAUUGACAACACUUUUGAGUCGGAAGAGUAG